CAGCAUCUGUGUGCUGGAGUGGCAUCGUUCCUCUAGCCGGCGUGUGGACAUGGAUCUGAACAGAGUGAUCGUGAUCUUCACUGUGAUGUCUGCAUGCAUGUGGAGGACGACUCCGGCUCUGUCUCUCUCAGUCCCAGAUAAGGUGUCUGUUCUGGAGGGGUCUUGUGUCGUCAUCCCCUGCUCCUUCAGCCCAGUUUCCGUCGCACGGAGGAUGGAGGUUCGGCUCACGAGAUCCGCAUUCUUCAACCUGAAGAGGACGGUGUUCAGCAAUCACCCUGGAGACACCAUUCAUCCAGACUUCAGAGCACGCACGUCUCUCGCGGGGAACAUCGGGUCAGGCGACUGCUCCAUCAACAUCAGCCCAAUCAGAACGCAAGACCAGAACAUCUAUGAACUACAGCUGAGGGAGCAGGGUCAAAGGUCAUGGGCUGUGGGGACCAGAAUCAAUGUCAGCGUCACCGGUACACCCGAGCCACCUGAGGUCAGUGACCCAGGGCCCGUGAAAGAGGGCAAGCAGGUGGAGCUGAACUGUUCUGUCCGGCUCAGCUGUCCAUCGGAGCACCCCCGUCUGCUGUGGACGUUUGAGCGCGGGGAACAGGAGGGCAGCAAAGUGCUCAGAGACACAGAGCUACAGCGAGACCCGGGGCAGUUACCGGUACUGCGCUCUACCCUGACCUUUAACCUCUCUCAACACACAAACCCACGAGUGAGAUGUGAGGCGGUCUAUCCAAAGAACCGGAAAACUGCGGCUGUCAGAGAGAUCCUCGUUCAUUUUCCUCCUAAAGACGUCUUCAUUCAGGUCCAGACUCUGUCGGUCACAGUCGGAGGAAACGCUCUGCUGUCGUGUUCCUGUAAGGCCGACCCGCCGGUGUCAGAGUACCAGUGGUCUUACGUUCAGGCUGGACACACUGUGAUCCUCUCCAAACGCUCUCACAGCGUCCGCAUCUACAACGUGACCCGAGACACACGCGUCCAGUGCACCGUUAGCAACAGACUGGGGCAGACAAAGUCACCGCUCACAGGCAUCAAUGUACAGUAUGCACCUGUGAUUCUGCCCAACUCCUCCUGUGAGUGGGACAGCGUGCUGCUGUCGUGCACCUGUGCUGUGGACUCAAACCCUCGUCCGGCGGUCACCUGGAGUGUGAACGGCUCUCAUCUGCCCGACGGAUGUAAUUUGUCUUUUUCAUAUUCCAACAACAUGAUGAUGGAGACUCUUACAUGGGUCUCCGACUCUCCACUGCCGGUGACAUGUUACGCCAUCAACGCGCUGGGCAAUGACUCUCGCAUCCUGUUUGAGGGGCAGAAAGGUGAUCUGUUAUGGACUCUGAUACUGGCCGGAUCGGUCCUGCUUCUGUUCCUCCUGUCGGGUCUGCUGAUCGUUCUCUGCUGUUGCAGGACCAACAGACGGAGACGUGUCAUGACCUACAGAACUCCUGCAGUGAAUCUGAGCAUCUAUCAGGAGCGCAUGCCGUUGUACAUUAACUGCAGUGAGGUCACGCACAUCUACACCAAUGGCAGUUACCAGCUCGUCUAUCAGAACUGCACGCCGCUCUUCGUACGAAGCAAACAGAUUCACAAGAGACAAAGACGAGGAGCCAGACGACUUCGGGCGAGAGAGAGAGAGAGAGAGAGAGAGAGACCGACCCCUGUAAUAACCGAUCCUGACACGGCCAUAUAUGUGGAGGUCAUAUAAUCACACCCAUGACCUUCAUCCAUGAAACUGAAACUUAAUAAAUGUUCCAUGUGUGUGUUUAUUUGCUCCAGUUCUCAUCGUUUCUAGAGUGUCUGUUAUAUAUGAACAUUAGCCUUGUUAGGAAACAAAUGCAAAAUAAAAGUCCUUUA